CAUGGCUCUGCAGCAUGUGUUCUGUAUAAGACCUUCGUGUAAUGAUCGGCAGAUAACAGCCAUCUCUUCCCUUCUUUCUCUCUCACUUCUCCUCAUUCUGCAUGGCUUUGACACCUGCACAAAUCCCGCUUCUUGGUGCCACGUUUGGGGUAAUUCUCGUCGGGGCCAUUCUUUCUGCUAUUCUAUUCGGGGUAUCCAAUCUUCAGUCGCUCUGGUACUUCAAGCGGUACCCAAAUGACUGGUGGUUCUAUCGAGUCGCUGUUGCGGUCAUUUGGGUCCUAGAUACACUAGAUGUCGCAAUUAGCACCCACGCAUUAUAUUUCCUUCUCGUCGAGACUCGGAUAGUGGGCAGAUUCCUCACUAUGGAUGAGCUUGAAAUCAUUUGGAGCUGCAAGUUGCAUAUUCUUCUUGGAACUUUUUUCAAAGUAGCCGUCCAAAUUGUAUAUGCUGUGCGGCUUUGGAAAGUCCGACAACACUUUCACAGAGUCGUGCCCUGGUUUGUUGCUCUCAUCACUGCUUGCAAUGCCGGAACCGGAAUAUAUCUAGUUCACGGAACUUACGAGAUCUCUGACUUCUCCGAAAUCCCCACCAUCAGAAUUCCAAUCAUCGUGUUGUUCUCAACGAGCACAGCAGUUGAUUUUAUCGUCGCCAUCGCCAUGUGUUACUAUCUGAACAGAAGCAGGGCAGCUUCAAUGUUCCCCAACACCAUUGCGAUGCUGGUUGCGCUGAUGCGGCUGAUUCUGAUAUCUGGGCUGGUUACGAGCUGUUCUUAUAACGUUUCUCGUUUGGCCAAAUACACUUAUAUUCAUUGGGGUCGAUUUCAUGCUGCCAAGAUUGUUUAUCAACUCUUUGUUAGCAAUGCUCAACGCACGAAAGGAACUCCGAAAGAUUCAAGGCUCUCAGUUUUUGGAACCGAACGGUGACUCUCAGCUGAGACUUAAAUCUAGAUGCGAGUGCAACGAAGGAACGGAGAUGCCC